UGUCAAAAGUUGUCAAUUUAAUAAAAUUCGAACCUAACAAAUAAGGACAUAAAUAAAAAAUAAUUUGGCAUAUUAAAAAUAAUAGAAAAAUAAAAAAAAUUAUAAUAACAAUGCAGCAAUACAGAGAAGAUCCAUUAGUUGAAAAAAUAUUAUCUGAUUUACAUAAAGCAAUAAAAAGACACCCUGAAAUUUGUGAAUUUGAAAUAAUUCCAUCAACUGAAGCACAAAAAAAUAAAUCACCCGUAAUUUAUAUCGAAUCACAUUUAGGAUUAGAAUCAUGGUGUGUCAAACAUAUAUUCACAUACAUUCAUAAUACAAUUAUAUCGUUACGAAAAUCUAAAUCGAAAAUACAUGAUACUCAUCGUUUAGAACGUUUGUUGCUGGGUGGUGUCAUUCUAAAUCCUGAUAUCAACACCUUUUGGAAUAUACGUCGUGAACUAGUCCUCGAAAAUAAUAUUGAUAUAAAAAAUGAGUUACAUAUUAGUCAAAUAGUUUUAUCCCAUAAACCAAAAUCGAAUGAAACUUUCAUCUAUCGCGAAUGGAUUCUACAACGAAUGAUUAAAAUGCAAGUAAUACAAGUCGAUGAACAAUUACAUAAUUUAAUUCAACAAGAAUUAAGUAUCGCUUCGAAGGCAAUUGAUAAAUGUUCGAAUAAUUAUCAUGCUACUAAUUAUAAAUUGUAUAUUAUGCGUAAUUUAGCACCGUUAAUACCUCUUUAUUUCGAAAUAAUUUUACAAAAUGAGUUAAAUCGAUCGGAGAUUAACAUGUCGACUGCUGUCUCCGAUAGCAGUAUAUUUUAUUAUCGUCAACAAAUUAUAAACAUCUUAAAAGAUGUUCCGAUACAAUUAGACGAAAAAUACUUGAAUAAAUUACAAAUUUUGCUAAAACAAAAUGUCUCGUGUAAAGAUAUCGAUCGGGCAAGUUCGAAUGAUAUGAUAAUUACCCUCUUGGGUAAACCUCCCAGUACAAAAUUGAAUACAUUUCGUAUAACAUGCUUAUCGAAUUUUCUAAAAGUUUUAACAUCGGAAUUAGUAUUUAUAUCGGAAUUAAAUCGAAUGUUUCCAUGUCAUGAAUCGAUUUGGUAUCAUCGACGAUUCGUUUUAUGGGAAUUAAUGUUAAUUCUAUAUAAUUUCUAUGAUAAAAAUAUGAUUAGUAAAAAAUUUAUGUUUCAUGAAGAGCAACGGAUUUCGAAUACUUCGAUGAAUAUUACACAACAAUCACUUACACACUUCGAACAGUGUGAUACAUUUUUGGAUUGUAUAGUGUUGUAUAAAAUGAUUGUGAAUAAUGAGAAAAAUGAACUUGAAUGUUGUGAUUACGAACAAAAUAAAUUUGUGGAUCGACAUAGGAAAUGGCUUAUAUUGAAUUUUAAUUUAGUUGUUUAGAGAAGAAAAAAUAUCUGUUUUUUUUUUAUUAUCCAGUCAAAUUAGUCCAUAAAAUAUAAGUAAGGUUACAAAAAUUCCCAUAGAGCUAAAAAUUGGUAUGAAUGUUCAGAAUACUAUUAUAAAUAAAUUGUGAAAAGUCCCCAUCAAUCCCCCUUGUGAUCAUUCAAUUUGCUACAAAAUGUGUCUCUGCACCGUUUUUCAUAAGUGCUGCCAUUUUCGUGAUAUAGCGGUUCAAAGAAUUGAACAAAUUAUUUUUUUCGUAAUACAUUUUUGAACUGUUAUAUGAGGACUUAUUUUUGAUGAACCAACUUCUUAUUCUUGGCGCUGUCUUUUCACAGCAUCAUACUCUUUCGAGUAUUAUUUUUUCAACACUGCACAUGAAUUUUUACAGAUGUCUGGUCUUUCAGAUACUCCGAAAAUUCACCACCUCUUUCAAUACUUACGACUAACAAUAUUUUAUGGAGUAUGAGACGAGGCAGGUAUACGAGCAUCACCACGCUGACAAUUGAAUGAAAGACAGAUGUUACUCAGACCAUGCUACUAAAUAAAAAUAGGGACGGAGUUCUUGACGUUGAUUUAUAUUCUAAAAAUUUUUAAAUUUGUAUGUAUAAGAUAUAGGGACUAAUAUUUUUACUCGUAUAACGGUUCAAAAAUGUAUAUAAACGUGUAUAUUAUGAAUAAAAUAAUUUUUUCAAUUCUUUGAACCGCUA